AUGCAGUUCAAGAUGACCAAAAGGCAGAUGGUGAUGAAUCUGGGGAGAAAGACUGUGAUUGGACUAGAAACAACUGAAAAGAUGAAGAGUGAAUUUGGGGAAAUUUUGCUAAAAGGAUUAGAUGAACUGGAUGAUGAUGAAUUUAAAAAAUUUAAAUUCUAUCUAAGGAAUGAUGGUUUGAUAAAGAGAGUUGAAAAACUUGAUAGAACUGGCCUAGCUACAUGUAUGAUAAAAGAGAUUUCUUAUCCCUCUUUUAUUGAAACAUUCAUUAAAAUAUUAAAUAAGAUGAACCUUAAGGAGGCUGUUAACAACUGUCAAAAACAAAAAAAAGAAGUUCUGGAGAAAUGGAAAAAGAAAAAUGAGAAGAAGCCAACAACAAGGAACAAUCAGACCCAAAGGAGAUCAGCUUCUAAUGACAAAAACAGUGUUAAUCCUAAACUGACCAAGAAAGAUAAUAUGAAACUCACUGAUGAGUCAAAGAAAAAUUUUGGUGCAAAGAAAAGAAAAGCAACAACUGAGGAGAAUCCAGAAAGCAAAAAGAGGAAGCUAUCGAAGGAAACCCACCAGAAAACAGAACCUGAAACUGGAAGAGAAGAUGGGCCCCAGACAACACCUAUUGUCGUGAAGGUGCUCAAAGUGAACCAGAUAUUUGAGUAUGAAACCAAAGAAGGAACAAAAAAGAUGUUUCAUGCUACUGUGGCAAAUGAACAUGAAUUUAUCCGAGUGAAGGUUCUCAACAUCAAUGUCAAGGAACACUUCAACAAAAAUAAUGUCAUUGAGAUAUCAAAAGGUUUUUGGAACAGUAGUUUCCUAGAAGUCAACAGAUACUCCAUAGUGCUAGAUGUGGGUGCUAACAGAGAGAUCGAAGUCCCCCAAAACAUCAUCAGAAAAGCAUUUCAGACCCCAAAGAUCCAAAGCCUUUUAAAGCUUAAAGAUAAAAAAGAGAGAAUCUAUGUGGACGGUGUCUACGAGAUCAAUAAGAAAACCGAGACAGACAAAUGUACAUUAUUUGAAGUGAAGGACGAUACAGGAAAAAUUAAAGUGGUGGCAUUUGGCAAAUGGGCCAAAAUAAAGUGUGAUGAAAGAGACAAGCUUCGACUCACCGGCUUUGAGCUGUCUGUUUGGAAUGUGCAAGAUGAAAUACAGCUGAAAUCUGUAACUCACAGUUAUUUAAAGGUCAUCAAGACCAAGAAAAGACAGAACAAGUGAGAUCAACUUGGCAAUCCUAGUACUGACCUGUCCUGGUAACUCCUUUAUGAUGUUAUCAGAUGCAACUGCUGCAAACUAGAGAGUACAUUUAUUAAUAACCGAAGUAUGAAGCGUGGGGCAAGGCCCUGGGUUUAAUCCUACAUCCAACUACUUUAUUAGUACAUGACGUUGGGCAAAUUAUAUUUGUCAGAGAAUGUCACAGUUUUUUUUUUAAUUUUUGUGUCAAUAGACAAACAUUAUCUUCUCUCCCUCUCAUCUCCCCCCCCCCACACC